UCCCCUCCUUCCCCAGAAAUACUCUCUCCCUAUAUAACCAACCAUCUUCCUUCUUCAACAAAGCCUUAUGAAUGCAUGCAGCUGGUCCCAAAGAUUCCAAGCCCAGGAAGGAGACAGAGAACCCUCGCGCGUGAGUUCUUAGCUCUCCUUUUCUCUUUCACUGUCGCCUUUCUUUGGGUCUUUAUUUAUUCUAAGUAAACCAUAACUCUCUUCUGGAGGCUCCCUAUGAAGUCAUAUAUGAAGACAUCUUAUACUAUAGUGAUGACAGGUCUCACCGUCAACGCGAGUUCUAGACACAGAAAUUUGGCAUCUCUUAUGCUCUUCGGAAGGGACUUUUGAAAGAGGCAUCACUGCAGUCGUAUAAAUCAGGAGGCAUGCAUGAGAGCAGAAUCCAACACCAAUCUGAAAAAGUUAUAGAGUAGUCCCCCCGUACUGCCUUGGUGCAGAGCCACGUGCUCUCUCUCCUGAUUCCAUAAAAUCCAACCAGAGUAGCUCGGUGCAGAAGCUGCUAAGAAAAAUAUUGGAUCUCUGCCAUCUUCAACACCUCAUUCGGAGUGCAUCAUCAUCUCUUGCUUCCUUCUUUCCUUCGAUCCCUUAUCUUUUUUUAUCUUUUGUCUCGUUGCUGAUCGCUUUAUUGCCUCCUCCUAACAAUAGUCACCUUCACUGCUUUCCAAUGCAACAGUUCUUUUGCUUGCUAUCCUUGGUGUUUGCUAGUCUAAGCUUAAGCUUCCACUGUCAAAACAGAUUUACUGGUCUCCCUAGUUUGAAGUUUUGAAGCUUCUGUAGUUUUUAAUACAUAGCACCUGCUGUGUGAAGAGUUUUUUUAACCUUCUGUUACUCCUUUUGUUUUUUAUCUCAGUUGGGUUGGAUUUGUCUUGGCAUACAUCAUUAGCUUCCAUGGAGGUGGUCAAGGAGUACUUCGACAUGGUAGCUUUUUCACUUUUAGUGAGUUGGAUUACACUGGAGUUUGUGAGAUUGAGGAAGGCCUUUCCUGAGGGUGGAGUGGUUGGAGAAGGAUCAGCAGGAAGAAGGUAUAGGGUUUUAGAUUGGGUUAUAGCUCUCUGCAACAUCUUGAUCUCCAUCAUCUAUCUGGGAUUUUGUAUUCAUGAGACUUGGAAGCUGAAGACCGUCCCGCCUUUGGGACUUGUUUUCGCUGCAAUGUGCUGGAUUCUGGUAACUUUGUUUGCAGCUUAUUGCAAGCUAAAGAGAGUGGGAGGGAGCCAUAGUUGGCCUUUAGUCCUUGUUUCGUGGUGGGUGUUUUCUUGCCUGCUAAAAUUCUUCACCAUCUCUAUAUAUCUUUUCAACCAUUGGAGCAAAGUACCAUUGCCACUAACCUUUCCAGCUGCAAACACCACUGACUUCGCUUGCUUCCCGUUAUCUGUUGUCCUCUGUUUCGGUGCUCUUUUCAUGAAUACCUCAGAACGUAAUCUGGAACUCAAACAACCUCUGCUGCUGGAAGUAGAGAGUGAGACUUGCAGGGAUAAUUUCUCCAGUGCUGGGUUCUGGAGCCUUCUUAUGUUUCAAUGGUUGAAUCCGGUCCUUGCGAAGGGUCGAUCUGAAAGGCUCGAGCUUCACCAUGUUCCAGUAGUUCCUCAAUCAGAGACUUCGGAGAAAGCUUAUUCCUUGCUGCAAGAAUCGCUCCGCAGACAGAAGCCUGAGUGCUCACCAUUGCCCAGAGCAAUCAUUGAUGCUGUUUGGAAGCCUUUGGCUAUUAAUGCACUCUUUGCUGGCCUCAACACUGCUUCCUCCUAUCUGGGUCCAUUCCUCAUUACCAGCUUCGUGGAAUUUCUCAAUGGGAAGGAUUCCACCAUUGGAUAUGGCUCUGGAUACAUUCUCGCUUGCUGCUUCUUCUUUGCAAAGACUCUGGAAUCCCUGUCUCAGCGGCAGUGGUACUUUGGUGCACGCCAAAUUGGCAUCCGAGUCCGAGCAGCACUCAUGGUGUCCAUUUACAAGAAGUCUCUUAUGAUGAAGUACUCAGGCACGAGCACGGGUAAGAUCAUAAAUUUCCUCGAUGUGGACGUGGAAAGGAUUGGAGACUUCUUCUGGUACAUCCAUGGCAUAUGGUUGCUCCCAUUCCAGGUCUUUCUGGCUUUAAUCAUUCUAUACAGAAACCUUGGUGCAGCAGCCUCACUCUCGGCACUUCUCAUGACAAUUCUAGUAAUGGUGAGCAACACUCCGCUGGCCAACUCUCAGGAGAGGCUCCACUCUAAGAUUAUGGAAGCAAAGGACUUGAGAAUCAAAGCGACAGCAGAGACAUUAAAAUGUAUGAGGAUUUUAAAACUGCACUCUUGGGAGAAUGCCUACCUGAACAAGUUACUGAAACUGAGAGGUGAGGAGAGGAGCUGGUUGAGGAGAUAUCUUUAUACAUGCUCAGCCAUUGCCUUCCUCUUCUGGACCUCUCCUAUGCUAGUUUCGGUCGUCGCCUUUGGUGUCUGCAUUUUGGUGAAGACACCACUGACUGCUGGCACAGUUCUCUCAGCUCUUGCCACCUUUAGAAUCCUCCAAGAGCCAAUCUACAAUCUCCCAGAGCUUGUCUCUAUGAUCAUACAAACAAAGGUCUCCAUCAACAGAAUCCAAGAUUUCAUAAAAGAAGAGCAACAGAAACCUUCAAGGCCAAACUACAUCGAACAAGCCUCAGAUGUUGCAAUAGAGAUUGAGCCUGGGGAGUACACUUGGGAAGCUGAUUCGAGUUCCAAAAGGCCCACCCUCAAGAUUGAUAAGAAGAUUACAAUCACAAGGGGAGCAAAAGUUGCUGUGUGUGGCUCGGUUGGAUCGGGAAAAUCGAGCUUCCUGUGCAGUAUAAUUGGAGAAAUUCCAAGAAUUAGUGGUGCAGGAAUUGAAGUAUUUGGAUCAAGAGCUUAUGUGCCACAGAGUGCUUGGAUUCAGACAGGAACUAUCAAAGAGAAUGUGCUUUUUGGGAAGGAGAUGGACAGAAGCUUUUAUGAAGAAGUGUUGCAGGGUUGUGCUUUGGAUAGGGAUAUUGGACUGUGGGCUGAUGGAGACUUGACCAUGGUAGGAGAGAGGGGGAUUAAUUUGAGUGGGGGACAGAAGCAGAGGAUUCAAUUGGCAAGAGCUAUCUAUAGCAAUUCAGAUGUUUACUUGUUGGAUGAUCCUUUCAGUGCUGUAGAUGCCCACACUGGUGCACAUCUCUUCAAGGAAUGUCUGAUGGGUUUAUUGUCCAAUAAGACCAUCAUCUACGCCACCCAUCAACUGGAAUUUUUAGAUGCUGCGGACCUUAUUCUGGUAAUGCAAGAUGGAAAGAUCGUUCAAUCUGGAAAAUAUGAAGAUCUGAUUGCAGACACAGAUGGGGAGCUGGUACGGCAAAUGACAGCACAUAACCAUUCACUGAUCCAAGUGGCACCACCCAAAGAGCAUGGUUUGCCGAUUGUUAAAAGACAUAAGGUGAAGCAAAUGGAAGUAAAAGAAGUAAAACAUGACAAUUCUAAGAGGAACUUAGAGAUUUCAGAAGGAAUGCAUGAAGAAGAAAGGGAGACUGGAAGAGUGAAGUGGCAUGUUUACCGCACCUUUGUCACUUUGGCAUAUAAAGGAGCUCUUGUUCCAGUUAUACUGUUCUGCCAAGUUCUCUUCCAAGGGUUACAGAUGGGCAGCAACUACUGGAUUGCCUGGGCAACUGAGAAGGAAGAUCAAGUUAGUAGAGAGAAAUUAAUAGGAAUUUUUGUUCUACUCUCUGGGGGCAGCUCUGCGUUUGUCCUGGGAAGGGCAGUUUUACUAGCAACAAUUGCAAUUGAAACAGCUCAGCAGCUAUUUCUUGGCAUGACAAAAAGCAUUUUUCGAGCACCGAUGUUCUUUUUUGACACAACACCUUCCAGUCGAAUCCUUAACAGGUCUUCUACAGAUCAAAGCACAGUGGACACAGAUAUUCCUUACAGGCUAGCUGGACUAAUAUUUGCACUAGUUCAGCUCCUUCUCAUCAUUGUUCUUAUGUCACAAGUUGCAUGGCCAGUGUUCAUUCUCUUCAUCAUCAUACUAGCAAUCUCCAUGUGGUAUCAGAAUUACUAUAUCAGUGCUGCUAGAGAAUUAGCUAGAAUGGUUGGGAUUAGAAAAGCUCCAAUUCUCCACCAUUUCUCAGAGUCCAUUGCUGGAGCUGCAACUAUCCGCUGCUUCAAUCAGGAGGACCGCUUUUUCGCGAGGAACCUCAGCUUGAUCGAUGACUAUUCUCGCAUUACCUUUCACAAUUCUGCAACCAUGGAAUGGCUGUGUGUUCGCAUUAAUUUCCUGUUCAACCUUGUCUUCUUCCUUGUACUGAUCAUCUUAGUGACAAUGCCAAGGAAUGCUAUCGAUCCCAGCCUUGCAGGACUUGCUGCUACCUACGGUCUAAAUUUAAAUGUACUGCAGGCUUGGGUCAUAUGGAAUCUCUGCAAUGUAGAGAACAAGAUGAUCUGCGUAGAAAGAAUUCUGCAGUUUUCCAACAUACCAAGUGAGGCCCCUCUGGAAAUAGAGAACUGCAGACCAGAAGAAGAGUGGCCAAGCCAUGGAAGAAUUCAGCUAGAUAACCUCCAUGUUCGGUAUAAUGCUGAGCUUCCUAUGAUCCUCAAAGGAAUCAGCUGCACUUUCCCAGGAGAGAAGAAAAUAGGAGUUGUUGGCAGGACAGGGGGUGGGAAAUCUACACUCAUCCAAGUUCUUUUCAGAGUGGUAGAGCCAUCAGCAGGAAGGAUAAUGAUCGACGGAGUAGACAUUUGUCAACUGGGUCUGCAUGAUUUGAGAUCUAGAUUGAGCAUAAUACCACAAGAGCCAACACUUUUUCAAGGAACUGUGAGAGCAAAUUUGGAUCCUUUGCAGCAGCAUUCAGAUUCAGAAAUUUGGGAUGCUCUACGUAAGUGUCGUCUUGAGGAGAUAGUAAAGCAAGACCAGAGGCUGCUUGAAGCACCAGUUGCAGAAGAUGGCGAGAAUUGGAGCGUGGGGCAGAGACAACUGAUUUGCCUGGCGAGAGUGUUGCCAAAGAAGACGAGGAUUCUUGUGUUGGAUGAAGCUACAGCUUCAGUAGACACUGCAACUGAUAACUUCAUCCAGAAGACCAUAAGAGAAGAAACGGGCAACUGCACGGUCAUCACAGUGGCACACCGAAUACCUACAGUCAUUGAUAGCGACUUGGUUCUCGUACUUGAUGCAGGAAGAAUUUUGGAGUUUGAUUCUCCUGACGUUCUUCUUAAAGAUGAAUCGUCAGCCUUCUCAAAGCUGGUGUUGGAGUUCUUUAGGAGGUCAAGGAGCAAUCAUGACUCAGAAUUCACUUGAAACAGGAGGAGGAUACCAUAGAGCAUAUAUACUUGCUGAUAUGUGACAGAUUCUGAUGUCAUUCAAGGGUAUUUAUGAAAAGCAUACUGCCACCUUGAUAGAUAACAGAAAGAAUAAUGAAAGACUAGCAUCAUUAGCAGCCACAGUAACUAAAGAUUAUUGGGUUUAUACCAAUAUACACAGCAAUAGACAUAGAAAAACAAGAAAGGAUGAUCAAAGAUCAGGAAAAAAGAUGAUACAGGACAAUGCUUAAAAAAGAAUUUGAUGGAUGAGUUACAUCUCACACAGAAAGUUAUAUUUUCUAUCACAAUUUUUAUGUUCAUACGAAAUUUCAUUGCCGAUAUGUUACAUACUAAUGCAAACUGAAGCUGUAGUUUGACAGAAUUAAUUUGGGUAAAAGAUCAUAAUGACAGUAUCUUUAUUA